UGCACAUGCGUGCAUUCCUUGUGCGUGAUGUAGGACGAGGCGAAUUGUAAUCCCGCAUCGAUUAUGAGCGUCCAUUGACUCUUUAAGGCAAACGAUCGCCGUGCCUUGCCCGCUACUCCAGUCACACCAUCCUCCGACCGACCUUUAAUGAAACCUGGGCCGUUGAACACGGGGAAUUUUACCCACGUGAAAAGUUGGGGUGCUCCAAAUCAUGGGUACUUAGUAUUCUAUCUGGCAAGCAGGCCCUCCACCGCGUUUUCAGAAUUUCUGGCUUGUAGGCGCCUUUCCGUCUUUAAGAACGCGAGUGAUUGGAGACAGCAAACAUUCAUACCACCUCUGUAACCAUGGAAAUCCCCGAUGUUUACGCGCCUCGUAAUGAGGAUGAUGCUGAGUCGCAAUCCGUGACCUCCGUCGCUCUGGAUGACGGUGACCAACUUCCUUUUGAAAGUUUCGACGAUUCGUUCUGGCCAUUGCCUGAGUAUGAACACGAUGACCCCUUGAUUAACGGGCUGCAGACAUAUUUGCCGCAGCCUGCGUACGCACUGCCUGGCGAAUACGCUGUUGGUGAUUUAACGGGCUUCCCUGUGAACAGCCACCUUCAUCAGAACUUCAUGCGUAAUGAGGACCAUCAUGCACUGUUAUCAUUCGGCAACGAAUGGUUCCAGCACGAGUCCAUUUCAGGGCUUGUUUUCCCCAUCCAUGACGCAGAAGGCAAUCAACAUGUCUAUAGCUCAUUUUCGCCGGCGAAUAAUGGACAAGAUUCCAUGACCGUUUUGGAAGAUACCCAUGUCUCGAGUGCAGAUGACCCCCACCAUCCAGCCAUUGUUGGUGGUGAUGUGAUGGACAACGGACCGGCGCCUCCUCUCACACCAUCCGGUGGCCUUCGGUGUCAACACUAUGUGCAAGGUCAACCCUGCGGGGUGCUGAUCGAAGGCGGAGUCUCUGGCAUCCUGGAGCACUUUGCUUGCAGGCACGUUCGGCCCCGCAUUUCCGCGAGCGCAAGAUCCGACCGCCCCUUGAAGUUUUGGAUUUGUCGCUGGGGCGGCAGAUGUGACACCCGCAUUCGUAAGGGGGGCCUUAAGAGGCAUGUUCUUGGCCACCUCGUCCGGUGGAAAUGUUCUACUUGCCCGUUGACAUACUCCCGAGAUGAUAGCGCGCGGAAACACGCCAAGGAUUGUGGAAAUGGCAGGAUCUUCAUGCAGGUGCGGUCGGAGGUUCGUUCACGACAGUUGUAGGAAGGGGGAAGAAAUCCAUAUACAGCUCCCUCGGUAUACUUAUGAAGAGGAAUUCUGGGAAUUCUUCUGGUUUAAAGUUCCGGUUUAUUUAUAGCUCGAGCCCAGAGCCCAUCAAGUCUUUGCAUAUGUGCGCGGAUGCCUUGUACCUACUAUACUUACGACGAAUGUUCGAGUUGUUCGCUUCCUAAUUCAAAUCUGUAUUGAG